AUGGACAAAGCUCGUGUUCUCAUCGUCGGCACCGGUGGUGUCGGCACACUCGCGGCAUAUGCCCUUGAGAUCGGCGGCAAGGCGACCGUUACGGCAGUAAUGAGGUCAAACUACAAUGUCGUCAAAGAGAAGGGCAUCACAAUCGACUCUAUCGAGCACGGCCAUGAUAUUAAGGGCUACAGGCCCACUGAAAUCCGAAGGACUGUGCCUGAUGUUGCCAGGGAGGGAGUCGAGCCUUACGACUUCAUCUUGGUCACCACAAAGAACGUGGCUGAUGUCCCACCUACUGUAUCCGACUUGAUUGCGCCCGCCGUUACGCCUGGGAAGACAGCCAUUGUCCUCUCGCAGAAUGGCCUGAACAUCGAGAAGCCCGUCGUGGCGCGCUUUCCCAACAACCCCAUUAUCAGUAGUGUGUCUACCAUCGGCGCCACUGAGAAAGAGAAGGGUUUCAUCAUCCAUGAUGACACAGAUGAGCAAAAGAUCGGACCCUUCCACAACCCUGAUGUAUCAGCUGCUGUGGCUGAAGCCGCAGCUCGCCGGUACAUUGAUAUCUACAACCCCAACGGCAAGCUCACCACCCUCUAUGAGCCUGAUGUUCUCAAGACUCGGUGGCGGAAGCUCGUCUACAACGCUAGCUUCAACUCCGUUGCCACAGUGCUGCGUAUGGAUGCCACCCGUAUGCGAGCCACACAGCAUGUUGUGGAUGACCUGCUCAAGCCGAUCAUGAGAGAGAUCAUUGCCGCCGCCAAGGCUUGCGGUGUUGAUCUAGACGCGAACCUCCCUGACAUUGUCGUCUUCAAUGAUCCGAUCGAGGCGUGGUUCUAUCCAAGUAUGGCGCAAGAUAUUCUCAAAGGCAACUUCAUCGAGGCAGAGGUCAUCGUUGGUGAGCCUCUGCGUGAAGGCGAGAGUCGAGGCGUUCCCAUGCCCACUCUAAGGGUUAUUUAUGGUCUUCUCAAGGCUGAGCAGGUCAAGACGAAGGAGAAGAGAGGCCUUUGGAAGCCGGAGUUUGGCCCUGGUCACCCUUACAAGGGCGAGUAA